UUCAAAAAGCUGACAACGGCCCUGCGGUGAGCGUUGCUGCUAGUACUCUACCCUGAGACUCACCAGACCACAACGAAAUGCCAACCACCGGUGAAACACAGCGUAAGUAAAGUUAACUGAGGGAAAAAAAGGAGCUUCUAACUAGGUUGAAGAACCGGUAGAGGCUGGAGUCGGGCAGAAAAUAGAGAAGAGACUAAAAAGCAAACAGAAAAGUCGUCGCGGAGGAGGCGUUCCGCGCUGUUGACCUGGCAACAAGGCUCUCCGGUUCUCCUUCAUCAAGCCUUCACCUGGUCUCACCUGAACCUGAACAGAAGCAUCAACAUGUCCCUGGACACUUACUCAGCGCUGGACGAGUCCUCCCUCCGAGCCCUGCUGGAUGGAACCGUGGAUCUGGAUGAGAGACGCCUCAUCCGCUCUGCCAUCCGGGAGUUGAGGAGGAGGGAGAUCGAGGACAUGGAGGCCGCUCUGGCCAGUAAGAGAUUUCGACCCACACGUCUGAAUCAGCAAGAGGACAAGGAGAACCACCACAGUUCAGAAUCCAGUGAGAAAUUGGACAUCCUUUCACAGAAACUGCAAUCGAUCCAGGACACUGAUGAGCUCUCUAAAAUGCUUCGCUCUGCCAGCGAGUAUGAGGAGAGGAAGAUCAUCAGAGCAGCUAUCCGACGAAUCAGAGAUGAGCAACUGCAGGGGUCCGUGGAGAAGGGUGUAGUGUCGGGUCGCUGCCUGGAGCGCGAGAGCGUAGAGACCCAGAACGGCAUGAGAACUGAGGAGACAGAGCGGGAGAGACACAGUGAGCUGGAGCGCAUCAGAUCUCCAAUCCAGGAGUUACGCAGCCAGCAGACGCAACCCAGCAGAGACCUGCAGAGGAGAGGCUCCAACUCAGACAUGGUGCUAGUUCUUGAUCACCUGGUAAAGGAGGAAACCUCCGAGCCGCUGUUGAUCCAGCCUCAGCGAGAAGCUGUGACCACAGAGACUGACCUGCUUCUGUCUCACCGUCAACGGUCAGACUCCACAGCUUCAGACCGCAGCGGGACCUCUGUGCUCUCCAGGUCCAAUCUGGAUUCUGUGACCUCAGACAAGAGCCUGGGCUCAAACUACCGAGCCCGGCUUGAUUCUGGAUCCUCAGAGAAGAGCCAGAGUUCCUCCCAGCGUGGCCGCCUAGACUCUGGUGCAUCAGAGAAAAGUAUCAGCUCUCUGUCUCACACCAGGCAGAGACUGGGCUCAGAUGUCUCCAAUUCAGGUGUCAGACCCCGUCUGGGUUCUGGGACUUCUGACACCAUCAACCUGUUGUCAAGGAAACGGACGGACUCUGUGACAUCGGACCACAGCGUGAAUAUGUCCUCUGAGGAACAGGGUCCAGUGGAGGAGUUGGAAGUAAAGACAAGUGCUUCAACUUGCAGCACAGAUUCAGAAACGGAUAAAAGUCAAGGUCCAGCCUGCGUGCAGACUCAGUCUAUUCAAGACAACGUUUUCGACCAGGACCAGCUGGAUGGGGCCAUUUUAUCUCGGCAAGAUCCUGUCAACGGCCUGCUCAAUGGCAGUGCCAAGGGAAAAAGGGACUUCCAGAGUCAAAAGAUGACGGUUAACAGCAAUCUGGCCUUCCUUCAUGGCAAAGCAAAGGAUUCUGUACCUGAGAAGAAAGAUGUUAUACUGGAACAGUUGAACCGCACUAACUCUGUUCGUGAUCGAAUGCGCAAGUUUACGGAAUCCAGCCAGAGCACAAAUGUUCCAGCUUUGAAGAAAACCCCUCUGAGGAACGUGACCACCUCUGGCAGCAGCCAAACAAAUUUCUUCAAAGCUACUGAGCUGUUUACACAUACAGCAGCAUCCCUUGCGCCUUCUGGAGACCGGCCAGCAAAGCCACGUGCAGACUCGGCAUCUUACACCUCUUCUGCAUCCCAAAGCCAUGCUACGCCUCAGUCAAGAGGUGUGGCUAACACAACUCUGUCCUUAGCCGACCAAUCGCAGAAUUCCAUGGGCGGGACGAAGCUUUCAGAUGAAAAAGAUGUGCACAACUCUUGUGAGUCAAAGGAAGACGAGACCCCAGGGAGAGCAGCUGGAACCAAGGUUUCUGAGGGAGAGGAAGACCCCGACAUGAAGACUUUUCUGACAAUUGAGAUCAAGGAUGGGCGCACCACCACCACCACCACAUCCACCUCAUCAAGAGGCAACGCAGUACCCAUCACCAACAUGACCCCACGCAUCGCCACCCUGGGGCAAAGGCCAGAGUUGACUCUCGGCCUUAGAGCGACUCCAUUUAAGAUCACCUCAUCUACCUUCUCCUCUGGAUCCUCCACCAAGAUGGAGACUGAGCCGAUUGUUGCCAAUGAGCCAGUGUUUUCAGCUGGAUCAUCUGUUCAGGUGGCGUGUCACGUCCCUGCCACCCCCAACGACUCCAACACUCAAGCCAAAUCCGUGGAGUGCUCUGGAAAACUGACCGCCGAAAAGCUCACUGCAAUCGAGGAUGAAGAGCUUCUAGAUAAAAUGCUUGAUGAAUCCAAAGAUUUUGAAGAGAGGAAGAUGAUCCGGGCAGCCAUGAGAGAUCUUCGCAAAAAAAAAAGAGAGGCCAUGCUGGGAUGUUCUCAAGAGGAAAUGGACCAGAGGGAAAAAGAACGUGAGACUCGUCUGCAGGAGCUACGACAGCAGAGAGAAGAGCGCGUGCAGAAAGUUCGUACCGGGCCCGGGGCGGGAGAGGUGACGAUAAGCAAGGUGGAGAAAACAGCAGAUGGUUCAACCCUCAGCCAAGUCACCAAGACGAAUCGCUUUACACAGUCUGAUGAUGGGAACAGAUCAACACGCAGCACACUUGUGGAGACCAGUUAUGUGCAGAAAACAGACAGAGGAACAGUCCAGGCACAAUCAUAUAGUUACUCCUCCUCCUCCUCCUCUAAUGCAAGCAGAAAAGUCGGAAGCGUGUUUGAUCGCGAGGACGACACGUCCACUCGAGGUGGCAGCAGUGCUAUGGACCGACGGCAGGCAGAGAGGCGCAAGGAACUAAUGAGAGCCCAAACCCUGCCGAAAACAUCUGCCAUGUCGGCUCGCAAAGCCAUGAUAGAGAAGCUGGAGAAGGAAGGAGGCCCUGGAAAUCAGGCAGUUGCCAAAGUAAACAAGGUCCAGCGCUCCACCAGCUUUGGUGUACCCAACGCAAACUCCAUCAAGCAGAUGCUGCUGGACUGGUGUCGAGCCAAGACACGCACGUAUGAGCAUGUGGAGAUCCAGAAUUUUUCUUCUAGCUGGAGCAACGGCAUGGCGUUCUGUGCCUUGGUGCACAGUUUCUUCCCUGAAGCCUUUGACUACGACUCCCUGAGCCCCAGCAACCGCAGGCAAAACUUCGAGGUGGCCUUUAGUGCUGCAGAGACCCACGUCAACUGCAUGCCUUUGUUGGAAGUGGAAGACAUGAUGAUCAUGGGUAAUAAACCAGACUCCAAAUGCGUCUUCACCUACGUACAGUCUCUGGUCAACCACCUGCGCAGAUACGAGCUGAAGAUGGGCCGCCUUUCUGACCUCUGACCAGUGGUCAGAGGACAUUCAGAGCGGAUGGGCGUUCCCUCCUCUAUUUUCAGCAGUCCUGACCCCUUCCCAAACUCUCCUCCACAACACUUUUUCCCCACCUCCACUCCAACAGGCUGAGUCAAUUAGUUGAACAUCUGUGAUGGACAAGCUUGUGUGUUUGUGUGUGUGUGUCUUUUUCAGUUUUAUCAUAUUUGUUGGCAGUGGCGAUGCAUAUUCAUGAUUUAAGUUUCCUCUAGAAACUGAUUUUGUCGAUAAAAUCUUUUUUUCCAACAAAAGAGGGCUAAGUUUAAAAAAAGACCUUUUCAGGUUUAUUGAAACUUUUGGAACUUGACCCACUUCAAGCAGCUUCAUAACAGCUUUAAUGUGUGGAGUUGUUACUGUAUUCGUCUACAAACAGAAUUGGGUGGGGGGCUGGGGGGAGGGGUCUUUUUUUGUUAUUUCCGCUUUUAAAGUAUUUAUACUGACAUUUCUCUGCUGUGCUUCUGUAAUUUUUUUUUGUAAUUUUAUGAGCACUUCUGUUGGUAAAUCCAUGUGAAAGGAAAAUUUAACCCUAACAUAUGCAUCAUUUGCUAUUUUGGUACUUUUUCCAUAUUUACUCAAACUCUUUUUGCUCAAAGUUUUUUAAUUUAUUGUCAUUUUUUUAAGUUAAGCAGCAGAUAUGUAAACGGUCUGGUCACGUCACACCUCUGCAUCGCCCUGCCACACACACUUACACACAGCUCUUUAUUAAUGCUCCAGUAGUUUUUUUUUAAGACAAUUUUUUGUUAUUUUAGUGUGUACAUUUAUGCUUUAAAGUGUUGUGUAAAGUAAGUUGAUAAGCUGAAACUGCCACAGCAUUUUGUGAAGCAAAUUGGACUCGCUUUCCAUUUGAAAGCCGGCUUUCAGUAAAAACAUGCGCGAACGAUGCUGAGGCGUGAAAAUUGUAUAUUUAUCGAUAUUAAGCUAAGAAAAGGUUGUAAGUCAAGAUUUUUAUUUCACAUGUAAAACUCAGAUUCCCUUGGAGAGGAUUCUCAAAGUUGGCUUCAGAGAAUAUUUUGAUGAAACUUAUUUCUAAAAGCUUUGUUUUGGUGGAUUUUUGAGAAUUUAUUUUAUAAGUACCCACUUUCUGGUAACUGAAAAAAAGAAAAGGGGGAAAAAAAACCUCCACAAUGCAGUGAGUGUGUAUGAGCCAGUGUGUGUAUAUAAGAGCAUAAACACGGUAUUAUUUCAUGUUUCUGUGCACCACAGCUAAAUGUGAAUUAACAAUUAAACCAAUAUGAGAAAUGAA